CGUGGGGCUCGCCUUUGUGCCCCAGGGCGUAGCCUAAUUAGCUGUGCUUGCCUGAUCCCUGUUAAAUAAGGCAGGGUUGGCUCCGGAGUCGCUCCUGGAGCCUGCGUGUUGUGCUGCUGCUCCACCAACGCCCCUGUGCCACGUGGCCUUGGAGAGACCCUACGCAGCAAAAUGCUCCUUGGAAAUUAAGGAAUGCAAUUCUGCCACCAUGAUGGAAGGAUUGAAAAAACGUACAAGGAAGGCGUUUGGAAUACGCAAGAAAGAAAAGGACACUGAUUCCACAGGGUCGCCGGACAGAGAUGGCAUUCCUCCCAGCCCUCAGCCCAAUGAGCCACCUUGCAAUAGCAAACCCGAGAGUGUGCGUGAAGGAGGAAAAAAACCUGCGAAGAAAACAAAUGGAGCUCCAAAUGGAUUUUAUGCAGAGAUUGACUGGGACAGAUAUAAUUCACCUGAGCUGGAUGAGGAGGGGUACAGCAUCCGACCCGAGGAACCAGGCUCUACCAAAGGAAAGCACUUCUACUCGUCCAGUGAGUCUGAAGAGGAAGAGGAGGCACACAAGAAGUUCAACAUUAAGAUCAAACCUCUGCAGGCUAAGGACAUCCUGAAGAGCGCAGCGACGGUGGACGAGCUCAAGGCUUCCAUAGGCAACAUCGCACUUUCUCCAUCCCCUGUGCGACGCAGCCCGGGAACGAUUAAAAGGAACUUAUCCAGUGAGGAGAUUGCACGACCUCGACGCUCCACACCAACGCCAGAUCCUGCCAGCAAGAAAGCCGGGGAGGACCCUGCAGCACUGGCACCGCUCUUCGGGCCCCCCCUGGAGUCGGCAUUUGAGGAGCAGAAGCUGGACGCCACUCUAGAUCAGCCUGAGAUAUGGGGUUCGGUUCAACCCAUCAACCCAAGCGUAGAGUCCCCAAAGCUACCAAGACCUUUUCCAACUGGAACACCUCCACCGCUCCCACCGAAGAACAUCCCGGCCACGCCACCGCGCACUGCCUCUCCUCUCACAGUGGCAUUAGGAGGGGACCAGCCAGCAACAGCAGAGCUCAAAAGGGACAAGCUCCCGUCCAUCAAUGACUUGGACAGCAUUUUUGGCCCCGUGCCGUCCCCCAAGUCUCCCGCUCUUAACGCAGAAGCCAAGUGGGUCAAUUUUUCCGAUCAGUCCCCGGAGAACGCGGCCCCGGAGCUGGCCCGCCGGGAAAAGCCGGCGUCCCCACCGGCGGUCGAUGCUCCUCCAGCAGCCGAGCCCAGCCGCCCGCUCCCCUCGCCGCUCCACCUGGAAGAGGUUCCCAAGAAGGUUUCUGAGCAGCCUCACCUUAAGGAGGAGAACGUGGAGCCGGUCGCCUCUCCCAAAGAUUUUGGGCUGGGACAAAGAGCGACCCCACCUCCCCCUCCACCGCCCACCUACCGCACGGUGGUCUCCUCACCCGGACCGGGCGCCAGCAGCGGCACGGGAAGCACCAGCGGUUCCUCAUCACCGGCUCGCCCUGGCACGCCGCUGGCUGCCUGUGGCACACCACCACCGCCACCCCCCCGGCCUCCAUCCCGGCCCAAGCUGCCCCCAGGCAAGCCCACUGCCGUGGCUGAUGUGUCCAGGCCUUUUAGUCCUCCUAUUCACUCCUCCAGCCCUCCUCCGAUAGCACCUUUAGCCCGUGCUGAAAGUACUUCUUCCAUCUCUUCCACCAACUCCCUGAGCGCAGCCACCACUCCCACCGUUGAAGAUGAUGCUUUAAUUGACAAACUGCCCGCGUUUGAAAGGCGCUGUGAGACGCCUGCAGGCUCAUCAAGGGGACCCAGCCCCCUCACCAUGGGGGCACAGGACACCCUGCCCGUCGCCGCCGCCUUCACCGAGACCGUCAACGCAUACUUCAAAGGGGCUGACCCCAGCAAGUGCAUCGUGAAGAUCACGGGGGAGAUGGUGCUGUCGUUCCCCGCGGGCAUCACCCGACACUUCGCCAACAACCCCAGCCCCGCCGUGCUCACCUUCCGCGUGCUGAACUACAACAGGCUGGAGCACGUCCUGCCAAACCCCCAGCUCCUCUGCUGUGAUAACACGCAGAGUGAUGCCAACACAAAGGAGUUCUGGGUCAACAUGCCAAAUCUGAUGACUCACCUAAAGAAGGUAUCGGAACAGAAACCGCAGGCCACCUAUUACAAUGUGGACAUGCUCAAAUACCAGGUGUCUGCCCAGGGUAUUCAGUCUACUCCAUUAAACCUUGCAGUGAGCUGGCGCUGUGACCCUGCAAGCACUGACCUCCGCAUCGACUACAAAUACAACACAGAGGCAAUGACCGCCCCAGUAGCUCUCAACAACGUCCAGUUCCUCGUCCCUGUUGAUGGAGGAGUAACCAAACUUCAAGCUGUGCUUCCUCCUGCUGUCUGGAAUGCUGAGCAGCAAAGGAUACUGUGGAAGAUCCCUGACAUCUCCCAGAAGUCAGAAAAUGGAGGUGUUGGGUCACUGCUGGCCAGAUUCCAGCUGUCAGAGGGGCCCAGCACCCCAGCCCCCCUGGCCGUGCAGUUCACCAGCGAGGGCAGCACGCUGUCCAGCUGCGACAUUGAGCUCGUUGGCACCGGCUACCGCUUCUCCCUCAUCAAGAAGAGGUUUGCAGCAGGUAAAUACUUGGCUGAUAACUGAUGGAAGCUUAUGCAAGUCAUGGAAAAUAAAUAUGGCAAAAAUCCCCAAGGCCUGCUGUGUGUAGGACGGGUUUUAAUCACACUUUAAGGAAAAAAAAAAACCCAACACAAACCAAACCAACCAAAAGACAAAACCACAAAAGAACUAAAUCCUGCGCUCGGGACGUUUCUGUUGGAAGUGUCAACAACUUUCAGCAGUGUUACUUCAUUUUCUCUUUUUUUUCCUUGAAAAAAACAAAAAGCAACCAACCAACACCAUCUUUGACCAGUCCUUCCAGUAUUUACUUCUAGAUGUUAACCUUGUUAAUGGUUUUAAAAUUGUAAUUAUUGUAUUUGUAAAUGGUACUCAUUCCAGUAAGGCUGUAUUUUGGCAGUUAGGCCCUUGAGUUUAUAGCAUUCUACUACUACUACCAUUCAUGAAAUGGAUGUAAUUUAAACUGUGGUUAUAUCAAAUUUACUAGUAGUACUGUCGAAUGGCACAAUGCUUAACAGAGGUAGAGUAACAUUUUGUCACAUAUAUACAAUUUAAAUACUGGUAGCUGUUAUGAAGGGGGUGCCUCAGAGAACAAAAACGAAAGAGAGAGUUCGGUAGAACCUACUGAUUUACCUUUUGUUUGUCUUUCAGUCCUUAGUAUGUCUUCAUGGUGAUGAAUACAAAGCUCUAUCUUCAGGUUUAGCUGGUUUAACUCCAGGAAAAUAUCAUUGUAAAUGUGGAGGUUCCUAAUCCAGUCCCCUAGCAAAAUACACACAAAAAUACAUCACUUCUACAGAGACAAUUUCCUUCAGAUUUCCAUGGUAAGAAACUUCCAUGCUUCAAAGAUUCAUAGAAUCUUUUGGGUUGGAAGGCACCUUUGAGAUCAUCUAGAUCCAACCUCCCUGCCAUGGUAAAGGACACCUCCCAGUUGCUCAAGGCCUCACCCAACAUGGCCUUGAACACCUCCAGGGAGGGAGCAUCCACAGCCUCCCUGGGCAACCUGUGCCAGUGUCUCACCACCCUCACUGGAAAGAAUUCCUUCCUGAUUGCCACUCUAACAUGGCUGGGUUCCCUUAGAGCCACAGAUGAACCAACCAGGAAUCCCAAUCCAGUCCCACAGGCACUCCACUUUUCCAUCUGUCCUCACAUUUUGCAGAGGUCACAGAAUCCUAGAAUGAUUCGGGUCAAAGGAGACCUUAAAGAGCAUCUACUUUCAACCACAGAGGACAAGAAGCAGGCAAAGAGGCUGGGCAGCAAAUCAGAGCUUACACCACUGCCCAGAAAUGUUUUAUUGCUGGCUUUAAAGAUGCAUUUUCCAAGCAG